AAAAGAACCGAUCCAAGCAGCUUCAGAUCCAAUUUCAAUGCCUCCUUUUCCCCAUUUGUGGGUUCCCUUACUACCUUAUUGAAAAAGUGUCUUUCAGGGCCCGUGGGGGACUGUGAAACCUGUUCAAAAUCCAUGACAAAUUCCUCCCCCCAAAAUGCACGGCUGUCAAUGCGGCAACGAGACUGUUUUCCAAAUUCAUGGAUUUCAUCCAACAGCUGCAAUCUGCUUUUACCUGCUGAGAUUUCCGCGGGGAAGUGGGAUUUUAUUCUCAAUACCCAUCUAUCCAUCCCCCUUCCCUGCACGUCUCCGCGCUGGCGCUGUCAGAAGAAAGAGGAUGCACAGGUAUUUACUACUGCUGCUAUUUUAGGCUGCAAAUGCAUUUUUCGAGACACUCUUCUUACGCUCCGUCGAGCUGUUAUUUACCGGGUAGAAUUUAGGAUUCUUCCUCUGCACCUGCCUUGGUGACAAAAACAGUUUAAGCGCACUAUUUCAGAUAUUUUCUGCUCCUCCUCGUGUGGGUUACCUGGGUGAUUGCCUUCCAGGAGAAUUCCCCACGCGGCAUUAGCAACACUGCUCGUCACAGUCGAUGGAAGCGCUCCCAUAGCUCUUUUUACUGUGUCUGGAUUGCCUGCAGAUAUUAAAGCAAUACAUGAGGCGGCUUGUCUGAGCCCAUUGACUUUGUGUUUUUAAUGGCUUCCCUCUCUCUCUCUCUCUUUCUCUCUCUGUGUGAGGCACUUUAAUAAGACUUGUUCGGAAAAAGAGUGAAGUCUGGGUGGGCUGAAACAUCCUCCACAGACUGUGAUUUGAGCAGAGCUGACAGGUUUGAUCAGAGUUGAUUGAUUUGACGAUUUGAGGCAGGGCUGCGCGUAGCAACAUGGCGGGGUGAAAGGGUUGGGGUCCCUGUGGCUUCUGCAACCCCCUCUACUUAGUUGACACAAGCCCAAUUGCAAAGCAUAUCUGACAGGGGUUAUUGAUUAGGCGAAACGGGAAGGAUCAAUGCUUGCUGAUUGGGCAUAAAGUACGGGGCGAAAUCUGUUCAUGGGAGGCCGACACACAUUGUUUUAUUUAUAGAUGCUGAGGAACAUAUGCUCAGUGACCUUAAAUAUUACUGGUAUUGAUCUCUCGUCAGCAAUUAUUCCAUCAACGUUUCACCAGAUCAACCUGAGUUUCAUCAGUAAUUAAUGUAACAUGUAUUCAAACCCUUUUAUGCUGAACAAAAGAGGACCCAGAAUAGAGCCUUGGGGAACUCCGAACCAUUUUCAAUUGUUAAAGCUCCCAUAAUAUGUUUCUUAAGCCUAAUAAGACACUUUCUACUAAAACUAAAUUCCAAAAGACUGUUAAAUAAAUGGAUUUUUGCUGUUUAAAUGCAGAGGACUUUAUUCUUGUUUAAUCAAAACUAAAUCUUGUUUAAUUAAAAAGUUUUCUCUCUGAGGUUGAGGCUUUUUCCUUAAAAGUUUUUUCCUGAUGCAAAUUUUCUUUUUUUUCCUCACAAUUAAAUGGUUUAGUACAAAAAUUACUUUAUCCCCAUAAAACUAUGACUGCGUUGCCUUAACAUUACGACCAAAUUUUUGAAAUAUUAGGAUGUUAGUGUAAUAAUUGCGGCUUUUCUUCAUAAAAUAACAAAAUAAUUACAGCUAAAUAUUAUAAAAUUAUAGCUUUGGUCCUAAAAAUAUAGUUUUUUUUUCUUUUUGAGUAUAUUUUGGUCAAUUUUUGCAGCUAUUGAUAGGACAGUGUGGUAAUAUGGGAAGAUGAAGGGAGAGGGGGGAGGACAUGGAGCACGUGGUUGGGGCUGGACUUGAACCCACAACCGCUGUGAGGACCAUGGUUCCCAUACAUGGGGCGCACUAACCCGCUAUGGGUCAUCUGUGCACUCCUUAAAGUGAAAAAAAAAGAAAAAGAAAAAAGGGAAAAAGAAAAAAAGAAACAGAAAAAAUGGGGGAAAAAAAGAAGAAAAAAGAAAAAAAAAGAAAAAAGGAAAAAAAAAAAGAAAAAUGGAAAAAAAGAAAAAAAAGUGGUUUUAGUUCUGUAAAAUUAUGGCUUGAAACCCAAAAAUGACAUCUUUAAAUUUACAGGUUUUUUUCCCCGUAAAAUUACGGUGCCUUUCUUUAAAAUUUAUGAUUUUAUUCUGAUAAAAAUUUCAGCUUUAGUCCCAUUAAAUUACAUUUUUUUUCCUUUUAAAUUACAGCACUUCUCCUUUAAAACUAUGACUCAUUUCCUCUAAUUUUACAGCCUUGUUCUCACAAUAUUACAGCUGUAAUCCCUUUAAAUCAAUGACCCUAUCCUCAUAAAACUAUGACUUUUUUCCAAAAAUCUCUACUCUCAACAUUUGAGACAAGAUGAAUUAUUUUUUUUAAUCAUAGUAGUCACAGUUGGAGUCAAAACUGACUGUUCAAACAAAGUUAAAUGAAUUUUUUUUUAACAUUUUUAACCAUUAAAACCACAAACUGAAUUUCUAGAGUUGUCUGUUUCCCAGUAGAUCCCAUUCCAGACCUCCACUGGAAACUCAGAGUGGGAAAAAAAAUGAAAGGAGCAGCAUUAGGCAAAGAAGCUUUUCAGCUUUUGACCAAACCUAUUCAAGACUGUUUAAGGGAUUAUAACUGAAAUAAUUCCUAAUAUGCUUUGAACUGUAUGCUUGACAUUUCAAUAAUAACUCCAAAAUAGAUUUAUGACUAUCUGAGGGGAAAUUACUAACACAAACAGACAAGCUUUAAAAUGAGAAGAAUUGGCAUCAUUUUUGUGUAUAAGUUAAUCAGACGUAUAUUUUUACCCACACACUUCCUCGCUGCGAAUACCCAUGUGAUCAUGUAGCCCAAGGCGAACACAUCAGUAUGCCAAAGAAAAGCAUGCAAAUGGAGAUUAAACAAGGGAGUGAAUUGAUGAUCUCAGUGCAGGAACUGAUAUCAACCCUGAAUUCAGCUGCUCUGGAUCUCCUAUUGUUGAUUUGUAUGCUUUUACUGCCACCUGCUGGUAUGAGUGAGUAAGUGCGUGCAAAAAAAAUUUGGAAAAACCAAAUUCAUCCAGGUCAUGGUUAUCUACUUCCUCGUUAAAAGGGUGACUGGACUUGUUUGAGGUUGUUGACCCGGUUUCUUCAGGUUUCAUGAUGUUGGAUUUCCAUGACAAACCAAAGAUUCAAUCCUUCAAUCAUAAAGUCCAGCUGUAAACUCUUGAUUACUUAUUGUUGGUUAUGGUAGUCCGGCAUGAUGAUGCGUAUCUGGUAGUUAAUGUGUAACUCUGGUGCUUUUAUAAAGAGCAUACUGAAGUGCAGAGUCAUUGUUUUCUCUCAGUUCGGCGCUUCGGCACAGUUUAAAAAUGCCUGUGCAGCUCUUUGAGGGGAAAGAUCACGCAGCAGCUUACCUGCAGUACAGAGUGGCGCCCCAUGAAUUAAUCAGCAGGAUUAUGAGCUUCAUGGAAAAGGGGGUAAGUGUUCAGGUGAGAGGUUUAAAAGUUUGAACAGGGUGUGCAUAUGAAUGAAUCGACACUGUCUGAGCUCAUCUGUGGAUGAGGGAGGAUUUUAAUAGUAAUUUACAACAAAAUCAGUUUUUCAGUUAGAUUUUUUAAAAUAUCAAGUUUUGCUCAUUCAUUCAGUAUUUAGAAGUUGUGUGCAUCACCUAUGAAGGCGAACUUUGACCUGAGCUUGGGUUAAAAUAUAACUAAUAAGUAUUAUAUCAUCAGUGGGUGAUAAGAUAAAUAUAAAACCAAAAAAUCAAAAUGUCCUUAAUAUUAAACAAAUAUAUACGUAUAUAUAUAUAUGUAUAUAUAUAUAUAUAUAUAUAUAUAUAUAUAUAUAUAUAUAUAUAUAUACAUAUACAUAUAUAUAUAUAUAUAUAUACAUAUACAUAUAUAUAUAUAUAUAUAUAUAUAUAUAUAUAUAUAUAUAUAUAUAUAUAUAAUACUGUAUAUAUAUAUAGAACAUUUGUCAUACUCAAGCUGAUAUAUCCAAUACUAUACCUUAUAUAUCUAUAUCUAUAUAUCAAAUAUUAUAAUAUGAAUAUCUAAACUCAAAUGUAUACACACAGAACAAUAUAAAUAUAUUUAUAUUUAAAUAUAUAUUUAUUGGUAUUUUCAGACAUGUAUAAUUCAGAUUAUUUACAUUUGUCUGUGGAGCCUUAGACUGAAGUUUCAGGACCUUAAUUCUGGUGCACUGUCCACAUCAAACUGUAGGAACUAACUUAGACUGGUUGUUUGCUUCCUCCCCAUGACAUGUGACCAACAGGUCCAAACCAACUGAAAUAUUAUCCCAGACAUAACUGAAUUAAAAAAGAUUUGAAUUGCUUAAAUAUGACUAUUAUUGGUGCAUAGAGACAGUUUCAUGAAUGACAAGACUCUCAUCCGAAAGCUUAUAAAUGCAUAACUAUAUACAUGUUACAUUCUUCAUUUCAGAAGUCAAAUCGGUUCAACUUUGCAGUAGAUGUGGGCUGCGGUUCCGGUCAAGGGACGGUCCUCCUGGCUCCGUAUUUCACCAAGGUUGUCGGCACAGACAUCAGCCAGGCCCAGCUGGAGAUGGCACAGACCAAUAGUAAACCUCCAAACGUGUCAUACAGGUGAUGUGGAGGGGCCUCAUUAUAAAAGUGUCCAUGUUUUGUGUAUUUUUUUCAUCUCCUGGUUCCUCUUAAACAACCUUAAAUACCACUUUCCAGGCAGUCUCCUGCAGAGGAGCUCCCGUUUGCGAACAGUGAGGUGGACCUCGUGACGGCCAUGACAGCAGCCCACUGGUUUGACCGCCAGAAGUUCCUCGUGGAAGCUGACAGGGUGCUGAAGCCUGGGGGCUGCCUGGCUCUCCUGAGCUACACCAUGAACAUGGGGCUGGAGUAUGAGGACAAAUCUGAGGCUCUCAAUGACAUCUGUAAAGAGGUAAAUGAGUUUAAUUGGAGGUUUUAAUGAUAAACUAUAAACACCUGGAGUUACCCAACAAUCAUCGAUGCGCCUCAUUGGCAGCAUGUCCGAGUCCUGAAACCAAGGAAAAGGUCAAGCUAAGAUAAGACGGACUUUAUUGCCCCAAAGGGACAUACCUGUCUGUGCAACAGAGUUCCUGGAGGCCGCUUAGAUAAAGAAAUUGUUUGCAAGACCCUGACUUGCUGAUCUUGUCUUCGUCAGUUUUACGCCGCCCUGCUUCCAUUUCGAGAUCCCUACCUUGGAACCGACUCGGGGAAGAUCUACUCAGACAUGUUCGAGUCCUGUUCUUACCCAGACAAGGAGUGGUGAGUGUUUUAGACUUUGUUUACAAAAGGUUCUCACUUAACUGGUUGGCUGUUUGUUUGGCGGGUUGAUUGGUUAGCUGGUAGAAAAACUGAUAGGUUCAUUGGUUGAUCGAUUGGGCUGGUUUGUUGAUUGGCUGGUAGGUCAGGUGGUUAGUAGGUUAGUUUUUUGGUUGGUUGGUUAGUAGAUAGGAAAGUCGGUCAGGUGGUUAUUAGGAUGGUUGACUAGCUGGUCAGUUAGUUGGUUGGUCAGUAGGUUGGUCGUUUGGUUAGCUGACUAGCUGACUAGCUGACGUAUCGGUUGGUUCGUACACAGGUAGACUGGUUGGUAGGAUGGUUGGCUAGCUAGUCAGUUGGUUGUUUGGCUAGUUGAUUGAUCAGUAGGUUGAUUGUUUGGUUGGUGUUUUGGUUGGUUGGCUAAAAAAACUAAAAGAUUGAUUGAUUGGUUGGUUGGAUGUCCAGCUGGCUUGCUGGUUGGUUUAUUGAUUAGUUUAGUGGGUUGGUUGGUCGGUAGGUUGGUCGUUUGGUUAGCUGAUGUAUCAGUUGGUUAGUACACAGGUCGGUUGGUUAUUAGGAUGGUUGGUUAGCUGGUCAGUUGGUUGUUUGGCAAGUUCAUUGAUUAGUAGGUUGCUUGUUUGGUUGGCGUAUUGGUUUGUUGGUUAAAAAACUAAAAGGUUGAUUGAUUGAUUGAUUGAUUGAUUGAUUGAUUGAUUGAUUGGAUGUCCAGCUGGCUUGCUGGUUGGUUUAUUGAUUAGUUUAGUGGGUUGGUUGGUAUCUAUAGGAAACUUAGAAACCCCCCUGAUGUUGUUUGUAAGAUUAAGUAAAGAAAACCUUGUCCUCUCUUCCUUAUCCUCCCUUUAUCUUAUUUUAGCACUGUCCCCUUCAAUUAACUAAUUAACCCGUUAGUAAAUACCUACUUUUUGGACAAUAUGAAUACUCUCACACACACACAAUACAGUUUUUGUGAAGACCUAAUCCCUAGUUUAUCUAAAUUGACACUUCUUGUAAAAUCCUUGUAAUAAUUUGGAGAUUAUUGAUGUGAAAGACUUGAAGAAAUCCAGCAAGUGAAUACAAACAAGGCAACCUGAUUCGAGGAAUGAAACAGUUUUUUUGCUGUGGCUCCGGUGGAGCAUAAAAAUCAGACGUAUACACACUCUGACAUUUGGGAGUUAUCUUCAGCAGAGCAGCUUAAACGCCAGCAGUCGGGGGUCUUCCUCAGGGGUAUUUUAGGAUAAGAGAAGAGUGGUUUUGAUGCCUUACACCACCUAGAUCCAGACAAACAGCCUCUUUCUGUCGGUUUGACUAUGAUUAUAAAGACGCCGUUUUAAUGAGCUUCUGUUUUCCUACAGGAACGAGAGCUUUCAUGUUAAAAAGACCUUGCCUCUGGACAGCUACAUCGGCAUGGUUCAGACUUUCUCCUCCUUCCAGAAACUGCUCAAAAAGGACCCCGAGGAGGCCAGACGUCUCUCCGACGACAUCAGGACCAAGUGAGAUAUUAACCUCUGUUUCCAUCCCGGAGUCCAAUCGUUAACUCCCGGCCCCGAGGCCCUCACCUCGGCUCGAAGCUGAUCUCCUAAUCUCCCCCUCGAAUUCAUUUAUCACCAUCAAAAACUGCUGAAAGUUGGUCUUUGAAUACUGUCACAGUCUGGGGCAUUAAUCAGAAAAGCCAAACAUUGCUUGACUAAGCUUAACCGUUGAAGGCUUUUACUGCUUUGAUAAUAUAGACGCCAUUAAUUCCCCUGCCUGUGACAGGACAGAAUAGCCCAGCAAGCAAAAUAUAUGGAGGGGAAGUGCUGAGCCAUAACUUUCACAUGGAUCGAAAAAAAAGUAUGACAUUGUAUUUAAUUACUAUCACACUCGGAGGAAGAUUUACGCUCGGCUCUGCUCUCCGAGUCCACCUUUGUUCAGUCUUGUGUGGUCCAAAAGAAAGACAAAGGAAGUUUCGACUCAUUUUCUUUUCUGUACUUCCAACAGGUUGCUCUCGGCCAUGAAGGUGUCAUCUCCUGAGACAGAAGUGACGGUGGUUAUAAAGUAUUUUUACUGGUUGGCGCGCAAACCAUGACCUCCAACAACUUUUGACCUUCUGAAGCAAACUAAGCCACCUGUAACUCUGGAAAGUGUUUUUACAACCAAAACAGCCUGAAAUGAUCCAAUUAGGCACAGAAGUUCUCGAUUCUGUGAAUUAGAUUAGAAAAUUGGUUUAAUUUCGAACCUUAAAAGUCCAGUUUCAUUGGUUGGUAACACUUUACAAUAACCAUAACUUAUAAAUGGUAAAUAGACCAUUGUUAAAUGGUAAGCAGAUAGUUUAUUAAUUUUUAAUCAUCAUUUAUAAAUAGCCUAUAGACCAUUAAAAAAUGUAAAUUUUAAAAACCUAACCCUAACUUUACAAUAACCAUCAAAGUAAUGUUUAUAGGUGGUUUACAAACUAAAUAGUAACCAUUUACACACAUUUUAAUCUAGAUGUUUUACAACCAAUAUGUAAACCCUAAAUAAACCUUUAAAAAAUAGUCCAUUAAUUAUUCAUAAAAAUUAUUAAUCAUAGUUUCAUUGAUUGUUGAUGGUAAAGUAAUUAUUAAAUUACAUUAAUAAACUAUCUAUUUACCAUUAAUAAAUUAUGGUUUUUAUAAAGUGUUACCGAUUGGUUCAACAUUAAAGACACACACUAUUUAGCGUCCUUAAAACAGUGGAGGAAGUUUGAUCAGGAUUUGACUCAAACCUUGAAAACAAAGUGUAAGAAUUUAACUCUUACAUUGAGAGAAACUCAAAAACCCAAAGUUGGAUUGUAAUACCCAAACAUAUGACGUUUAACUCUGAAUACUGAUAUUUAGGGUGUACUCUUACUGUUAAACCACCUCCAGCAUUGGGAGAUCUGGCCCCUCUAUGAGUGGGAAACCCCCCAGUGUGAACACUAGAUGGAGCCCUGUCAUAAUUUAUCAGUGACCACUUUGAGCUUUAUGUACAACCAAAAUCAUGUCCAUAUCUUGAAUUAAACCAAUUACUCUUACACAUUAACAUUAUUUUCUAAUCUUCUAACAUUUACAUAUUGGAACAUCAAUAAUAAACUCAAUAAAAGACCCUGACCUUCCCUGUCCAGACCUCCUCAUCCUGUCUUUCCAAAUUUAUAACAGUCAUUCAUCCAAGUCAUGGCUCCUCCCUGAGAGUCCUCCUCUCCGGUGUUAUUUAUGUGAACACAGACUGUUAAGGGCCAGGAGAACAGAUGGUAAUUAACAUGCAUGGCCUCCAAAUUCCCCUGAAUCACAAAGACUUUGUUACUUUCCCCCCUCCUCCGCCAAACUCUGACAGUAAUCCGCUACAAAUGACUGCGCACAUAAAUUAUCAUUUCAUAGCAAAAGAAGCUUUUAUUACACGUUAAGGCAACGAGGUCAACUGCUUUUUUUUUCCAUUGCAAUUCAUCAUAUUCACACGGCAGCUGCUCUCCAAGUCUGAACGCUUGUAGCUCAACAUGAAAAAUCUAGUAAACUAUCAGUAUGUUGCUCUUGUAUUGAUCAGUGAUAACAAGUAUCCGGCGGCACCAAAACAUUAACAUAUGCUACUUUAAAUUGUUCAGACAACAUCCUCGCAGCUCAAAAAUGUAACUUGAUCUGAUGCUAAUGGACGCAAAACACCUUUUCAGUUGAUAAAUAAAAAAAUAAACAAGCAAAAA